GGACCCGCCGGGGCGGCCGUAAAGCGUGGUCAGGGCGGCACGUGUGAGGCGGACGGCGGGGACGGGGUGUCAGGAUGGAAGCCAAAAGUAAAAAGAAGUUCGUGGGGAAGAGUGGAAAAGCGCCUCGUGGGAAGGGGCCGCACGGGAAAAGGAAAUUUAAAAAAGAUUCAGGUCCACCAAAGAAAAUUUUUAACAAAGGAGAUGAGGAAGGGAAGCCUAAGUCCAUCUCCAAGAAAUUUGGGAAAGGACAGUUGAGACCUGGAAGAACUAAUGUCAAACAAUUCAAGAAUAAGCAGCAAUCAGAGAAGCUUGGAAAGAAGAGGAAGCUGCAGGAUGGAGAAGAGGGAGGGCCGGAUUCUAAGAAGCCGAAGUGGAAUGAAUUUAAAAAGAAAAGGAAGGAGUUAAAGCAAACCAGACAACAUAAUGAUAGGAGUAAUUAUGACAUAAUUGCAAAAUCAAAGCAAAUAUGGGAAACUAUGAGAAGAAAGAAAUGUGAUAAGGAGACUCGAGAAAAGCUAAUGAAUGACCUACAGAAGCUUCUUCAUGGAAAAAUUAAAAGUCUGGCAUUUGCACAUGAUUCAACUCGAGUGAUCCAGUGCUUUAUUCAGUAUGGUAAUGAGAAGCAAAGGCAAGAGACAUUUGAAGAAUUGAAAGAUAGCCUAGUAGAGCUGAGCAAGUCAAAAUACUCCAGAAAUAUUGUUAAGAAGUUUCUUAUGUAUGGGACAAAAUCACAAGUUGCAGAAAUAAUAAAAAGUUUUAAAGGCCAUGUGAAAAAAAUGCUUCGGCAUGCAGAAGCAUCUGCUGUAGUGGAAUAUGCAUAUAAUGAAAAAGCCAUUCUGGAGCAGAGGAAUAUGCUGACAGAAGAACUAUAUGGGAACACUUUCCAGGUUUACAAGACAGCAGUUGCCCCAACAUUGGAUAAAGUAUUAGAAGCUCAGCCUGAGAAGAGGGAGGCCAUCUUGGAUGAAAUGAAACAGAUUCUUACACCAAUGGCACAAAAAGAGGCUGUGAUAAAGCACUCACUGGUACAUAAAGUAUUUUUGGACUUUUUCACUUAUGCUCUUCCGAAACAAAGAUCCGAAAUGAUAGAAGCUAUCAGAGAGGCUGUCAUCUACCUGGCACACACUCAUGAUGGAGCCCGAGUAGCAAUGCACUGCUUAUGGCAUGGUACUCCUAAGGACAGAAAAGUCAUUGUGAAAACUAUGAAGACCUAUAUUGAAAAAAUAUCAACGGGUGAAUUUUCUCAUCUGGUUUUGCUGGCAGCCUUUGAUUGCAUUGAUGACACUAAACUUGUGAAGCAGUUAAUUAUAUCAGAAAUAAGUGCUUCUUUGCCAAAUAUAAUAAACAACAAAUAUGGAAAGAAGGUCCUCUUGUACUUGCUGAGUCCUAGAGACCCUGCUCAUUUUGUUCCAGAAAUCAUCAUGCUUCUGCAGCAAGGAGAUGGAAAUGCCCAUAGUAAGAAGAAUACUGAAAUCCGCCAGCGUGAACUCCUGGAAGCCAUUUCGUCACCUUUGUUAGAAUAUUUGCAAGAACAUACUCAAGAAGUAGUGACAGACAAAACUAGCUUUGUCUUGGCUGCUGACAUCUUAAGAACAGCUCUUGGUGACAUCCAGCCUGCAUUAGAUGCAAUUGCUAAUUUAGCAGCAGAAGAGCUGGUUCCAGGUGGCCGUGAUGGGCAGCUUCACAUUGCAGAGCAUCCAGCAGGCCAUCUAGUUUUGAAAUGGUUAAUAGAACAAGAUGAAAAAAUGCGAGAGAGUGGAAAAGAAGUUUGCUUUGCAAGAACAUUGGUGGAACGAGUUGGAAUUCAGAAUUUGAAGACCUGGGCAGAAGUAAAUCGAGGUGCCAUUAUUCUUUGUUGCCUUCUCCAGAGUGGUGAUGAAAAAGCGGCAAAUACAGUCAAAAAAGGACUGAAAAAGCUUGUCCCAAAGUUAAAGCUGAAUAAAAAUGUAAAAGGAAUAGAAGCAUUGCUGCAGAAAUUGACUUCAUAGUGUAAAUGAAGCUAAAAAGACAAUUUACAUCAAUGUACUCAACUGAGAAUUGGUAAGAUUUGCACCAUGGUUGUUUUAGGAAGCAAUGUAUGCAUUUGUAAAUUAAAUAAUUUUUAAAACAA